UGAUAAUGUUUUGACCUUUGAAAUUUUGGGAAAUGACUUGCGUUCGAGUUUGACAUGAUGAAAUCAAGGGAAAGAGUAUUUUGUCCUUUAGGUGAUCCGUAGUACUGCGCACGCGCAGGUCAUUAUAGAAAGGUUGAGCUUGGGUAGUGUUACCGCUAACGGUUGUCACACGCAGUAUUCCUAUCAAAUUACGGGUUUGUGUUGAAAAAGUGUGAAUAUAGAGUGUAACUAAUCACACAUGGCUCUCAGAAGGUGUUGGAGGUUUGCAGGGGUGGUCCCGCGGCUGUUAUGGAACAGCACCGCCCUGCGAGGGGCUACUGUCCCGGGGGCACGAAGCUCUGUGUCCAGCCUUGUCAACUCUCAUCCUGGCUGCAAAACCGGAGAGUUGCUGUUAUGUAGCAGGUUCAGUUCUGCGCCACCGAGCACAGAUGUGACUUACGAGCAGCUGAAACAGCUCCUGGCCGGCCGGAAAGCUGUAGUUAUAGAUGUCAGAGAGCCCUGGGAGCUCAGAGAGUACGGCUUCAUCCCCGGGUCCAUUAACGUUCCCCUGGGUCAGGUGAACACUGCCCUCCAGCUGGGUGCGGAAGAGUUCAAAGAAAAGUAUGGUGGUGAAAUGCCAGAGCAGACAGGAAACAUAGUGUUCACCUGUCUGGCAGGGGUCCGAAGCAAAAACGCACUCGACACAGCUGCAUCACUCGGAUACAAAGAUGUUCAGCAUUACUCGGGUGGAUGGCAAGACUGGGUGAAGAAUGAGCAACAUAAGUGACCCAGGGAUGAAAGAAGAGAUGACACAUUAUUUAAAGCUCUUUAUUUAAUUUACCUGAGAUCAAACUGGAAAGUGACAGCGCAUAAUGAGGAGUCUUGUAAAGGGUUUCUAAAAGGUUCAAACACUUUGAUUUAAUUUGUUUUCCUCAUCAGUGAAUCCCAAAGAUUGAAACCAGAGGGCUCAACACACAUCAGCUCACACAAUCACGUCUGUUGCUUUUCAGAACUAUUAUAAAAUGACUUGAAGUUUCUUGUAAAUUUGUUUCAGCACAGAACUACUUACAAACCCUUUACAACUUUGAAACAAACAUAUAUAACCAGUGACUGUUGUAAACAUUACCACGGUUAUGAGAAGACAGACUAACUAUGCAAAUGACUACUUAACAGUGUAUGAUUGUGAGUAAAUGAGUCUUGCAUUUGCAUAUUAUGAACAGUUUUCAAGUUGAUGUAUUGUAAAUAUUAAACAGCCGGUUUGCUCAUAGAUGCAACAGUCGGUGCUUGUUGCCAACAUGAUUCAAUAAAUAAAAAUUAUAGUUUUGAUUAACAUAUUUACACAAUAACAUAUUUUUUUUACAACUUAGGGACAAACACAUUCACUUGGAUCAUUUGUGAUAUAAGUAAACAUGCAGAGCCAUGCUGAGGUGACAGUUACUGGGACAAAGAUGAUCUACGGUAUUGAAGGACCAUGUCUAAUAUCCACAGUUCCUCAGUAUGAAUUUGCCACCAACCCUCCAUGGAACGUUAACAGGUCCCACUGUCAUUCAUGAUAAUGAAUGUGUUUGUUUUCAGCUGAGCAGAAUGCCUCUGUGUUGACCACGGCCACGGACCUUGUUCCCUAUAAAUUUCCCUUUUUAUAGCUCGAGCUGAAAGUCCAAAUCGAAUGCACGAAUAAUAUUCUCAUCAUCAAUUUCGUCUAGAUUCAUAAAUGAUCCGAGUUCCUCACAAAGCUGAGCAGGAGCUUGUCGGCACUGAGUCAUUGUCACUGAAAAGGAAACUGACCUCUGCGAGAUUUUCAUGAUGCACGAGUAAAGAAUCUAUCUCAGAAGUGCUAAUACUAUCCCUGCUUGUAUUAAACAGUAUUGUCCAAGCAGACAAGGAAACCCCCAUGACUAUUCGUAUUCAUAUUUAAAUAUUAAACCAGAUCUUUGAGUGUAACAUAUCACCCUGAGUACAACCAUCAUUACAUUAGGGAAACAUAAAAUGCAAUAAAUGACUGAAAGACAUCA